UGGACUGGUUAGCUCGUUCUUUUUUGACGGGGGGAUGAUUAAGGGCAGAAACGAGAGAGAGAGGACUCCCACCUUGAUCCGCUUCAACAGCACGAUGCCCGGGCGAGCGGGAAGCCUGUUGUGGCUCGCCACUUCAGCCCUGUUACUGAGGUCGUCAGAAGGAGCAGAGCCAGUGACCUGUGGUGCCACCUCGCUGUGCUGGGACAUUACAUCACCCGUCACCUUCACUGGGAAACUUUACUUAAACUACAACAAUGUUCUUGACAUUGGAAAAAUGAAUUCUGGUUCCUGGUGGCUGGAACCAAGGGUGGAACACGUCCUACACCUCACACACGCAACCCAGUCAUCAACCUGGAAAAUCUACACCAUGUGUCCUCCACACGUAGAGGUGUUAAAUGGAAGUGUUACAGAAGUACAGGGAGUGGAAGACGCUAAACAAAGUUUCCUGUUCCGAAGGAACGCAAAGCUUGGCUGUGAGGGAGAAGUCCUUUACUUUUUAGGGACACACGAUUUGUCAUUGGCGAUAGUUUCUGCUGAUCACUUCCCUUUGAAGAUCAACACCGUUCCCACUGGACUAAGCUUCUUCUGGGGAUUUAGAACCUGUUUCCUUAAAGAUCCCCUCUGCACUCUUCUGUUGUUUGAUGUAGAUGGCAACAAACUGCAUCAAGAGAUUGUCAUACAUCCAAGCCUUAACAUCACGGGUUUAACGCCAUGUAGACACUACAUCGUAUGUGUGUAUAUUAUGGAGCAUGGUGUCUGCACUGUAACACUAACAGAACCCCUGCCCGCCAGCAACCUGAGCCUAAUAGCAUCAACUUCCAACAGUGUCACCAUUUAUUGGGACAGGCCAGCUCAGGGGGACGUGGACUGGUUUCAACUGGAUGUCAUCUUGCCUGAACGGAACGGCGAAGACACUGAGUCGCUACUUCAAUCGUACAACUUGACACAGAGUGGGGUUUCCUUCCUCAUCGAUGGCCUGCCGGUUUGUCAACAGGUGCGUGUUUCGCUCAAGAGUGCAUGUGAGGGAGCCGCAGUGAAAGAAAGCACAGAUUUGUCUCUGGUGGCUGACACAGCUCCAGCGAAGUUGUUGAAGCUUGCCCAGACCACUGCUGCUGCUGAUGGUUACAGCGUGUCCUGGUCAGUCUCAGGAGAUCCGUCUCAAGUCCUCUUCCGAGUCUAUAGAAAUGGACGUCUGCAACUGACCCAGAAUCAAAUGGAAUACGUCACAGUGGGCCUUGAACCUUGCACCGAAGAGAUGUUUAUGCUGGAGGUGGUGUGUAGGACCGGAGCUGUGGCUGACAAAAAGACAAUUGUUGUGACAACAGGUCUGGGGCUUUACUUUUUUUCAGUAUCAUGUUUUAUGUAA